ACUCUCCGGGCUCGAGGGAACUAACGGUUAUGGGGGUUUAGAACUUCUCCCCUGAGGAGGGCGGCAUGCUCGCCGGUGUCUCCCUCUCCUUCGCCCAGGGGCUUCAACCUUUAGCUGCUGCCCUAAGGGAGUGACGGGCAGGGCCUCUGUCAGUCGCUCUCCCCAGGGCGCUCUGCGAGCCUGUGUCACCGAGUGAUAGGGUAAAAUUUAUGAAGAUAACAAAUUAUACAAUCAGUCACUCCUGCUUCAUCACGAAAGUAAGGCAAGAAGGUUCUACUUCCUUAAACUCUCCAUCAAAGCAUCUAACACAAUCCUAAAUCCUAAUAGCCCUGCCUUACAUCCUGUUGCUGAGAUGCCAUGUGAUUUACUGUGAUUUGUGUUCUCCAUUUCUCCAAUGAGUGAUAAUCACAGUUUGUUCAGCUUGCAGGAAUUCUUGGUGAUUUUUGGCAAAAGUGUGUUAGCAAUUCUUUGUGUUCUCUCUCCCAUCUAUUUCUAUGGAGUGGAAAACAUGCUGUUUGGUAGAAGAUAGACAUGAGUAGUGGAGCUAGGAAGAGUGGUCCUAGAAAACAGCCCACAACAUCUUCCUGUUUGUGCAGCCUAAUAAUCCCAAACUACAAGCUUCAUAUCCAUCACCCAGCAGACAGCCUACACUACUAUGUAUGAGCGAGCAUCUCCAGGAAACAACUGACAGCUGUUCUCAACUGUAUCCAACUCAUCCCAAACACAUCCUGUUCUCUGCACAUCCAGUGUAAGGUCACCCCAUAUAAGGUAACAUGUCUGAGUUCAAAUGCCACCAUUGCGAGGAAUCCUUGCAAGGUAAAAAGUAUGUGCAGAAGGAUGGAGCCAACUACUGUGUGACAUGCUUUGACUCGCAUUGUGCCAAUAUCUGUCAGGAAUGCCACAAGCCCAUAGGUGCAGAUUCCAAGGAGGUGUGUUAUAAGGAGCAAUUCUGGCACAACACCUGCUUCAAAUGUUCCAAGUGUUCUCAACUCUUGGCUACUGAGACCUUUGUUGCCUGGGACAAGAAUAUCCUGUGCAACAAGUGUGCCACUCGAGUCACCUUCCCCAAGUGCAAAGGGUGCCUCAAAGAUAUUGAGGAAGGAGACCAUAAUGUGGAAUACAAAGGUAGUAUCUGGCAUAAAAACUGCUUUGUCUGCACCAACUGCAAGGACAUCAUUGGAACCAAAAAUUUCUUCCCUAAAGAUGAGGGAUUCUACUGUGUGACUUGUUAUGAUGCCUUGUUUACCAAGCAUUGUAUGAAAUGCAAAAAGCCCAUCACAUCUGGAGGAGUCAGUUACCAGGAUCAGCCCUGGCAUAGUGAGUGCUUUGUAUGUGUUUCCUGCUCUAAGGAGCUGAGUGGACAGCGUUUCACUGCUAUGGAUGACCAGUAUUUUUGUGUGGAUUGCUACAAGAACUAUAUAGCCAAGAAGUGUGCUGGGUGCAAGAACCCCAUCACUGGGUUUGGUAAAGGCGCCAAUGUGGUGGCCCAUGAGCAGAAUUCCUGGCAUGACUACUGCUUCAACUGCAAAACCUGUUCUGUAAAUCUAGCCAAUAAGCACUUUGUGUUUCAUGAUGAGCAGGUGUACUGUCCUGACUGUGCCAGAAAUCUAUAACUUGACAAGGGCAUUCUGUAAAAUGGCAUUUGAACCAUGUUUUUUGCCCUUGCUGUCUCUGUGCUACACCAAUCAUAAGGGAUAAGUGGGCUUUCACCUCUGUGAAGCUGCUCCUCUGUCUUUUCUGACACUUUACAGUAUUACUCAGCUAAGAACACAACAGUGAUUGUAUUAGGAUUCAACAACCUUGCAGCAAAAAAAUAAUUUCUCUGUUGUUGCAAUGGAAAAACAAGUUAGAUUGAUUCUACUGCAUAGAUCAGAAAAAUGCUAACCUUAUAGCCACAUGAUGUGAGAAACAUAGGCAAUAAACCUUCCACUGAGAUGUUCCAGAAAAUAAACAUUAUGAACUUAGCUAUAAUUCUCAGCUGACCUUUUCUAUAUACUAAAAUUAGAUUGAUCCAUAUGGAUUAUUUUCUUCUGCAUGUUUCUUAUAAAUCACAAAAGUGCUAACCAUGUAUCACAUAAUGUAAGCAAGAAGCAUGGGUGUUCCUAUUUUAAAACAUGGAAGACAGUUUGAAAACAAUAAGCUGAUCUAAGAAAACCAGAUUGUUUCAGAGCAUCUUAACAAUAACUACUUCUAGAAGCUUAUAAAACUAACCCUCCUAUAAUUCUUUAAAUUAAUGAUAUUUUUGUUUAAUAGUGAAAUAGUUUGAGUUUGAAACUUGCAUGACAAUAUCUGAGUAUCCUCAGACAUACAUGCAGUUUAGAGAUUCAUCCUGUAAAAGUGACAAACUAAAUGGGUGGCCAAGAAAUGCAAAGCUAUCAUCAACAUUAAUAUGACAUUUCCAAGUCAAGACUUGAAUCCCUUGUAACUGUUGUCUGCCCUUGGUGCAUAUAUUCAAGAAAGCUGCGAAGUUCCUUAGGAUUUUAGGACGUUUCCUUAAGAGGCUAGCUGGAUCUCUGGGGAUAUGGGUUGGCUACAAUCCUUCAUAAGUCAUCCUUAGGUACCACCUCCUACUUCCCUGAAAUACAGGAUUACCCAGCAACUGUAUUCUCUGUUGUGAUAUUACAUAUAUAAUGAGACAAUGUCGAAGUAAAUGUCACAAUGAGAGUACCC